AGAUAUUAUCAUCAUAUCAUAUCAUAGAAGCCGUGUAUCAUUUCACCAGAUAUUCAUCCCUAUAUCCAGAUCUCCAGAUCUCAAAUUCAUAUUCAACUGAAUAAUCAUGGGGUUCAAAGAAACCACCACCAACAACAACUCAGAAGCAACUUCAUCAACCCACACACUCAAUCUUCCACGAGAAACCACCCCCUUAAUCAAACAAUCCCAUCAACAAUCCUCCCAAUUCAAAACCUUCGCCAACGUCUUCAUCGCCAUCGUCGGCGCCGGCGUCCUCGGCCUCCCCUACACCUUCAAACGCACCGGCUACCUCACCGGAACCCUAACCGUCUUCUCCGUCGCCUUCUUCACCUACCACUGCAUGAUGCUCCUCGUUUACACCCGUCGCAGACUCGAAUCCAUCAACGGUUUCUCCAAAAUCAACUCCUUCGGUGACCUAGGCUUUGUUGUCGCUGGUCCUCUUGGUCGAUCGUCUGUUGACAUCAUGAUUGUCUUGUCUCAGGCUGGCUUUUGUGUUAGUUAUCUCAUUUUUGUGUCCACUACGUUGGUCAACAUCUUCAAUUUGAAUCCAAUAACUCCAAACCCUAACCCUAGCUCUACUAUUUUAGGGUUAUCAGCAAAAAGCUUUUACAUUUGGGCGUGUUUUCCGUUUCAAUUAGGGUUAAAUUCAAUUCCAACAUUGACACAUUUAGCCCCUUUGAGUAUAUUUGCUGAUGUGGUGGAUAUUGGGGCUAUGGGGAUUGUUAUGGUGGAGGAUGUGAUGAUAUAUUUGAAUGCUAGACCGGUUUUACAAGCCUUCGGUGGGUUUUCGGUGUUUUUUUAUGGGAUUGGUGUGGCGGUUUACGCCUUUGAAGGGAUCGGGAUGGUUUUGCCCUUGGAAUCGGAGACGGAGGACAAGAAUAAGUUUGGGAGAGUGUUGGGGAUAACUAUUGGGUUCAUUGCUGUGAUGUUUGCUUGUUUUGGGGUACUCGGGUACUUUGCGUUUGGCGAUGAGACGAAAGAUAUUAUUACUACUAAUUUAGGUGCAGGGUGGUUGAGUAGUGUGGUUCAGUUGGGGCUUUGUUUGAAUCUGUUUUUCACUUUUCCGUUGAUGAUGAACCCGGUUUAUGAGGUUUUCGAGCGGAUGUUUUGUGAAGGGAGGUAUAGUUUGUGGGUGAGGUGGGGUUUGGUUUUGGUGGUGAGUUUGGUGGCUCUUUUCGUGCCGAAUUUUGCGGAUUUCUUGUCUUUGGUGGGGAGUAGUGUUUGCAUUGUGUUAGGGUUUGUGUUGCCUGCUUUGUUUCACUUGAUGGUGCAUAAAGAUGAAGUGGGUGUGCUUGGGUGGGUUAAAGAUGGAGCCUUUAUUGUUUUUGGUGUGAUUUUGGCUGUAACUGGUACAUGGACUUCUUUGCAAGAGAUUCUUGCACCUAAAGCUUAGAACUUGAAAGGACCAAGUGGUCAUUUCACCUGUCGGCGAAAUGAUGAGAUCUUUAUCUUGGUUUUGGUUGCGAAUUUUGAAUGAAAGCGCAAGCUUAGAUUGCGGUGUUGUAUGUAUGCGGGUUAUUAAGGGAUAAGUCGGUUGAAUCUUGGAUCAUCACUGUGAAUCUUUUGAGCCAUGUGCCAUGUUAAGGAGAUGAUUAUGGUUACAUGAAGGUAAUAGUAGUUUGUAUUUGUUGUUGUGUUAUUCAGUUAUGUACAAUAGUGUGUUUCUUGAAUUUCCUUUUUAUGGAAAGUCUUGUUUCUUGUAUUAAUUGGAAGUGUUUGAACAAAAUCUAUAUAUACACACACUUUUUUUAUUGAA